GCUGAUCCAGAUGACAUAUUGGCAAUGGCCGCUAGACUAAAAAAGAGAAAGGAGCUCCCGACAAUCGACCAUUCGAAGGUCAGAUACGAUUCAUUCCGGAAGAGUUUUUACGUCGAGCCAGCCGAGCUUGCAGACAUGACUGAAGCCGAGGUUGAUGAACUUCGUCUGGAAUUGGACGGCAUCAAAAUCCGUGGGCAGGACUGUCCGAAGCCGGUCCAGAAAUGGAGUCAAUGCGGGCUUCCAGCACAGACUUUAAGUGUUAUCCGACAACUUAAUUACGAGAAGCCAACAUCUAUUCAGGCACAAGCUAUCCCGGCUAUCAUGUCAGGCAGAAAUGUGAUUGGCGUUGCAAAGACUGGGUCUGGGAAAACUAUCGCAUUCCUCUUGCCCAUGUUCCGUCACAUCAAAGACCAACGUCCAUUGGAAUCACAGGAAGGCCCUAUCUCUUUAAUUAUGACCCCCACAAGAGAACUUGCUGUUCAGAUUUUCAAGGAAUGCAAGCCGUUUUUGAAGGCUUUGAAUCUUAGAGCUGUAUGUGCCUAUGGUGGUUCACCCAUUAAAGAUCAGAUUGCCGACCUUAAACGUGGAGCAGAAAUCAUUGUAUGCACGCCCGGUAGAAUGAUCGAUCUUCUAGCAGCAAAUUCAGGCCGAGUCACCAAUUUGAAGCGUGUCACAUAUAUUGUCCUAGAUGAAGCGGACCGCAUGUUCGACAUGGGAUUUGAGCCUCAGGUCAUGAAGAUUAUCAGCAAUGUCCGUCCUGACAGACAGACGGUCCUAUUUUCUGCCACCUUUCCCCGUAACAUGGAAGCGCUUGCUCGCAAAGUAUUGCAGCGACCUGUUGAGAUAGUAGUAGGUGCACGCAGUGUUGUAGCUCCCGAAGUCACACAAAUAGUCGAAGUUCGUGCCGACGAUGCUAAAUUCCAUCGUCUUCUGGAGCUUCUCGGAGAGCUGUAUGAUAAAGACGAUGAUGCCCGAACAUUGAUAUUUGUGGACAGACAGGAAUCCGCCGACUCACUAUUACGGGACUUGAUGCGGCGCGGGUACCCUUGUAUGUCUAUUCACGGCGGGAAAGACCAGAUUGAUAGAGAUUCUACAAUUUCAGAUUUCAAGAAUGGUUUGAAGUUGGUAGUUAACUACGAUUGCCCGAAUCACAUGGAGGAUUAUGUCCAUCGGGUUGGGAGAACUGGGCGUGCUGGGAAUACUGGCACGGCGGUUACUUUCAUCACGGAAGAGCAGGAUCGAUACGCAGUUGAUAUUGCAAAGGCUUUAAGACAGAGUGGCCAGAAGGUUCCAGAACCUGUCCAGAGACUCGUCGAUGAUUUCAACGAGAAAGUCAAAACAGGCAAAGAAAAGGCUAGCGGCUCAGGUUUUGGUGGGAAGGGUCUGGAAAAACUUGAUCAGGAGCGAGACCUCGCCCGUCGUCGUGAACGCAAGCAAUUCGCGGAGGAGGGCGACGAGGCAGCCGAAGAGGUUACCGAGGGCAUCGACGACAUCUCCAAGGCCGCAACCCCGGUUACUGCGGUAUCCGCCAGGAAGAUCCCCACUGGCCCUGCAGUUGAUCUGGCAGAUAACAUUGUCGUUCACAAGCGGGGGACCUCCAAUGCUGAUCCCUUGGAUAGGGUGAAACAGGCUGCAUCUGUGGUCCGCUCGCGCCUUAAUGAAGCCGAAAGGCUACGCACAGGGGUUCCCAUUGACAACAAGGGGCCAGAUGCAGGAGCCUAUCACGCAACCUUGGAGAUCAACGACUUCCCUCAAAAAGCACGCUGGGCCGUUACCAAUCGUACCAACAUUGCGAAAGUGCUGGAAGCUACAGGCACCUCUAUCACUACCAAAGGCAGUUACUACCCCGCCGGGAAAUCCCCCCAGCCAGGGCAAGACCCCAAGCUGUAUAUUCUUGUUGAGGGCGAUACAGAGCUUGUGGUCACCAACGCCAUGAGGGAACUGAAGCGAUUACUGGCCGAGGGAACGGCCGCCGCCGUGGACAGUGAAAGUAGAGCUGCGCCGAGCUCGAGAUAUAGUGUUUUGUAAACACUUGACAGUGUUUGUGGAAAAUGGUGAAAAAAGGGUGGGGCGUGGGGUUCCCUUCGUUCAUUUGUAGAUUUUAUUAUAGUCUCCCUCCCUGUCUUUCCGUAUCGCAUUGCGAUUACUGUCUAGUCUACCUUGCUUGCACCGUAGCUAGUUACCGCAGGUCCAAGGGAAAAGAGAAAAAAAAUUGAGUGUUGCUGGAUGUUUACGAUAAAAGAUGGGAGUGAAAAGACCUAAUGCUAUAUCUUGUUCUAUAUUCCUCAUGCACAAAUCAUUUGAGAAGCUUAUUCCGUAGAUUUUGAUGCGUGGGAUGUGUGUAUUUUCCUUGUGAGCAUAUAAGUAAACUACCGGUAUCAUAAUAUUAUCAUACUUGA